UUACGGUUUGACACGUAUGACACGUAUACCGUUUCCCCUUGCGGCUAGAUGUACCUAAAUGUCAGUAAACUUUAACAGACUGAUUAUUUGCGUGUGUUUUUCUCAGCCCUAAUUUUCGGUAUGUGUACAAUUUGUUCCUCGCAAGCGUCUCGUGUCAAGUUUCGAUUUGCGGUGUCAUUAAUAUCGUAAGAAAGCUUUUCUCCAUCGUGCGGCGUAUCACAAACAGCUGAGAAAAUGAGCACGAUGACCGAGCAGCCGUGCUACACCCUGAUAAACAUUCCGACAGACACCGAGCCGCUGAACGAGUUACAGCUGAAACAGGAUCUCGAGAAGGGUAGCGUUCAAACGAAGAUUGAUGCACUCAAGAAGACAAUUCACAUGAUCCUGAGUGGCGAACGACUGCCGGGGCUUCUGAUGACAAUCAUCAGGUUCGUUCUUCCAUUGCAGAAUCACACUAUCAAGAAAUUGCUACUGAUAUUCUGGGAGAUCGUGCCGAAGACCUCCGGCGAUGGCAAACUGCUACAGGAAAUGAUCUUGGUAUGCGAUGCAUAUAGGAAAGAUCUGCAGCAUCCUAACGAAUUUGUUAGGGGAUCCACUCUUAGAUUUUUGUGCAAAUUGAAGGAGCCAGAGCUUUUGGAGCCCCUGAUGCCAGCCAUAACUGGUUGUCUGGAGCAUAGACACUCCUAUGUUAGGCGUAAUGCGGUGCUCGCCAUUUUUACCAUAUACAGAAAUUUUGAAUUCCUUAUACCAGACGCUCCGGAUCUGAUUGCAAAGUACCUGGAAGGAGAGCAAGAUAUGUCGUGCAGAAGAAAUGCGUUUUUAAUGCUGCUGCAUGCCGAUCAAAACAAAGCUCUCGCAUAUUUAGCCGCAUGCCUCGAUCAAGUGCCGAGUUUCGGUGAUAUACUACAGUUGGUCAUUGUUGAAUUAAUAUAUAAGGUUUGCCUUGCAAAUUCAUCAGAAAGGGCACGUUUUAUCAGAUGUAUUUAUAGUUUGCUAAAUUCACCUAGCGCUGCGGUGCGCUAUGAAGCAGCCGGCACAUUGGUGACACUUUCUAAUGCGCCAACUGCGAUUAAAGCCGCAGCUUCUUGCUAUAUUGAAUUGGUUGUCAAGGAGAGUGACAAUAAUGUUAAACUUAUUGUACUAGACCGGCUAAUUGCAAUGAAAGAUAGUCCCGUGCAUGAACGGGUGCUUCAAGAUCUUGUAAUGGAUAUACUCCGCGUUUUAGGAUCACCAGCCUUGGAAGUUAGAACAAAAACCUUGGCUCUAGCCAUGGAUCUGGUUACAACUCGCACAAUCGAGGAGAUGGUUCAGCUUUUGAAGAAAGAAGUUCUUAGGACAGCUGGCGGUGAGCACGAGGAUGCUGGAAAAUACCGUCAGCUUUUGAUACGAACUCUCCACACUUGUUCCAUGAAAUUUGCGGAUGUUGCCGUUACCGUUAUUCCAGUAUUGACCGAUUUUCUAUCUGAAAGUAAUGAAGCAGCUGCUACAGAUCUUCUUGUAUUCAUUCGUGAAGCCAUUCAGAGAUUUGAGAAUUUGAGACCAUUGAUCAUCGAGAAAUUAUUGGAGGUGUUUCCACACAUACGAUCUGUAAAAGUACAUAGGGCUGCACUCUGGAUUCUCGGCGAAUACGCCAUGUCGAAAGAGGACAUUGAAGCCGUGAUGAGUCGUAUACGAGCAGCGUUAGGUGAGCUACCAUUGCUCGAAGCAGAAAACAAACGUCAAGCUGGUGAAAAGUCCGAAGAUGGUAACUCGCAAGCUACACCUGCGCAACUCGUCACUUCCGAUGGUACUUACGCAACUCAAAGUGCUUUUAGUGCUGCAUCUGCACGGAAAAAGGAGGAAAAGCGACCAGCAUUAGUGCAAUAUAUGAUGGAAGGUGAAUUCUUUAUUGGUGCAUCCUUGGCUACCACAUUAGCAAAAUUAUCUCUUCGUUACAAAAUUCUUGAGACCAAUGUACAAAAGAGCAACAGAUUGCAGGCCGAAGCAAUGUUUGUAAUGACCAGUAUACUGCAACUAGGUCGUUCGGGUCUUCCCACAAAAGCAAUGACACAUGACGACGCGGAAAGAAUUUCCCUGUGUCUCAGAUCCCUCGCUUGCCCUACACCUCUUGUACAGAAAGUUUUCACCGAAGGAUGCCGUGACGCGCUGGGUAGAAUGUUGACCGCCAAAGCGGAAGAGGACUCGCAAAAUCAGAAAGCUAAAGAAAAGCCAGGCAAUAUUGUCCAAGUUGAUGAUGCGAUACAAUUCUUGCAGUUGAGCCGAGGAUCUGAUCUAGCUGGUGGGGCUGGCGAUAUGUUUGAACAAAGUCUUAGCGCAGCUGUAGCAGGACGACCUGGUGCUAGUGGAGACGCGCCGAGUGCUCUAAGCAAAGUUAUUCAACUCACCGGUUUUUCGGACCCAGUUUACGCAGAGGCCUUAGUUCAUGUUAAUCAGUACGACAUUGUGCUUGACGUGCUGAUAGUUAAUCAAACAGAAGAUACGCUGCAGAAUUGUACAUUGGAACUGGCCACUUUGGGCGAUCUAAAACUGGUGGAGAGACCGCAACCUAUCGUACUUGCACCUAGGGAUUUUGCCACUAUCAAAGCAAACGUGAAAGUCACAUCUACAGAAAAUGGAAUUAUAUUUGGAAAUAUCGUUUACGACGUAUCAGGAGCGGGCUCUGACAGAAGUGUCGUCGUUCUAAAUGAUAUACACAUUGACAUUAUGGAUUAUAUAGUGCCUGCAACGUGCACUGACACAGAAUUCCGUCAGAUGUGGGCUGAAUUUGAAUGGGAGAACAAAGUCUCUGUCAAUACGACUUUGUCUGAUUUAAGAGAAUAUCUUGCGCAUUUAUUGAAAUCCACGAAUAUGCGCUGUCUCACACCAGAAAAGGCUCUUUCGGGACAAUGUGGAUUUAUGGCUGCAAAUAUGUAUGCCAAAUCGAUAUUUGGUGAGGAUGCAUUGGCGAAUUUGUCUAUCGAGAAACCACUAAAUAAACCUGAUGCGCCAGUAGUCGGUCACAUUCGUAUUAGAGCAAAGAGCCAAGGUAUGGCUCUGUCCUUGGGCGAUAAGAUUAAUUCGGCGCAAAAAGAUCCGCUGACUAAAGUCGUGCAAGUCGCUUGAACUGUCUCCAACAAAAUCCGUUUUACACAGUACAGUUUCUUCGAAUCAGAUGACUAGUUUUAUGAAAUUUAUAGAACUUUAUUAUUAAAUGAUCUUUGCAAAUUUAUGGCAUUUAAACCAUGUUAUUUGGACAACGCAAACGAUUUUUCAUAGGUAUCUUUUUAGACUUGUGUAUUAUUUGACAAUCGAAAUACGUUAGAUUUAUUCAUAUGAAUCAGUUUUAGUAGAAUACAUAUUGAUAUUUGCCCAUGUUAAUUUGUAUCAUGUUUAAUUUACAUUACAUCCUUGUCAUAAGCCAUACAUGCAGAUAAAAUGUAUUCAUAGAUAAGAAAAUAAAUAUACAAUGUACUUUACCUA